GCUGUUCCUCCAUUACCAUAGAGUUGGGCGCACAGGUUAGAGAAAAACACAAAGAGAGGAUCCGUCAAAAGAAAAAAAAGAUCAGAAAAGCACAAACCCUAUAACCAUAGAUUACAAUUGACAUUUCUCUUUACAUUCAUUCAUUCCAAUUUUCUGACAAAUUUCACUCACAGUUCUUGAUUUCUAGCUUCAAAUUACCCUUUUCCCGAAUUUGAUGAGCUCACUGGUCUGCUAACAGAAAACUUGCUGAAAUUUAAGAGAAAUUAUUCAUGUCCUCCGCUCAAGAUCCAUUUUACAUCGUAAAAGAGGAGAUCCAGGAAUCUAUUGAUAAGCUAUUAUCUAGCUUUCGUCAAUGGGAACAUGCUGUUUAUGGCACUGCAGAACAAGCACGCCUCACCGAAGAGUUGCGUACCGGCUGUGGGAGCAUUGAGUGGCAGGAAGGUUGAGGAGCUAGACAAAGCAGUUUCUGUGGCUGCAAAAGAUCCUGCCUAUUAUGGCAUUGAUGAGGUUGAGCUUGAGAAGCGUCGCAGAUGGACCAGAACAGCACGUGAUCAGGUGGGUACUAUGAAGAAAAAAGUAUCAGCAGGAAAGGAGCUCAGCUACCAUGACUCCCACCUGGAACUCAUGAGGCUUCCAAUGGAGCACCCACAUCAGACAGAAAGGUCCAACCAAUACGGGCACCACAACGAUGACUUCAUAUCAUCAGAGUCAGACAGACAAUUGCUUCUAAUAAAGCAACAAGAUGAAGAGCUUGAUGAACUGAGUGCCAGUGUUCAGAGAAUUGGAAAUGUUGGGCUUACCAUCCACGAUGAAUUACUUGCACAUGAAAAAAUAAUCGACGAAUUGGGUGUUGAAAUGGACACCACCUCAAAUCGGCUGGAUUUUCUUCAGAAAAAGGUCUCAAUUGUUAUGAAAAAGGCAGGAGCGAAGGGCCAAAUAAUGAUGAUACUGUUCUUGGUGGUUCUGUUUAUAGUACUCUUCAUCCUUGUUUUCUUUACUUAGAAAUAGGAUUUUUUUUGUGGUUUCAUAAUGCUUGCUGGUCUGCAGAUACUUGGCACUUUGUAAGUGGACAAAAAAGAGAAAAGACACUGCUAUACUUCAUUUUAGUCUUCGUUUUGUGUAAAGUGCACCACAUUAUUUGAACAAUGAAUCGAUGUUAAUUGUAACUUUCUCCGUGGUACUUCUCAGAAUUUGUUUCCUUACUAUUAUUUUCUUAUUGUUUA